AUGAAGGUGCUUGGCUCGGCCUGUCAGUCUUCAGAACCUCCGCAGGCUGAUGAUACCCCGGAGAACCCAAAGUCCAAAGAAAACUUCAGGAAUUUCAAGGAGGGGGCGCUGAUUGACCGAGUGUACCACACUUACCUGCUCAUGCACACCAACCAGACGGUGGAAUUUGUGCAGAAGAAGAACGAGCAAUAUGGUGGCUGCAACCUCCGUCAGAUGACCAUCAUGGAGGCCCUGGAGUUGCUGGACAAUGUGGUGGAUGAAUCAGACCCCGAUGUGGACUUCCCCAACUCCUACCACGCCUACCAGACAGCAGAGGGGAUUCGGGAGAAACAUCCUGAGAAAGAUUGGUUCCACCUGGUUGGACUGCUCCAUGAUUUGGGGAAAAUUCUGGCCCUGUCUGGCGAACCACAGUGGGCUGUGGUGGGAGACACCUUCCCAGUGGGUUGCAAGCUGGAGGACUCCAUCGUUUUCAGGGACUCCACCUUCCACGACAAUCCAGACACAAGGAAUCCUCUGUACAC